AUUUUUUCAGGGAUUGAUGACUACUGUGCCUAUGGGCGCGUUGACAUUGAACCAACAUUGUGAGUAUAAGAGUUGUAAGUUUUCAAAAAACUUCAUGUCAUAGAACAUUUGCACAUUUUUGAGAAAAUGACCGAUGUGGACAUUGAUCUUUAUGCUGAUGAUGUCGGAGAUGAGUUCAGUACAGAAGAUUACAAUGGCGGCGCUGUCGAUUUGUACGAUGAUGUCAUAACUGCGCCAUCUGGUGAGCAGGAAAAUGAAGAUGAAUUCACAGAUGCUCCGGAGAUAAAGGCAUCUGAACAGGCACAGACACCCUCACCAGCCACAACCACCUACUCCGGCAAGCGAGUCUCACUAUAUGUCGGUAACCUUACCUGGUGGACCACAGAUCAAGACCUCACUGACUCUAUAAAUUCCAUCGGUGUUCACGACAUAGUUGAAAUUAAGUUCUACGAAAACAGAGCCAACGGACAGUCGAAGGGGUUCGCUGUUGUGAACCUCGCGUCCGACGGUUCGUCGCGGAUUGUUAUGGAAAAAUUGUCACGAAAGGAAUUGCACGGCCAGCAUCCCGUAGUGACGCACUGCAACAGAGCAACGCUAGCGCAGUUCGAGGCGCAGUCGCGCAAGGCGAGCGAGCAGCCUGGUGGUCCGCCACCGACCGCAGGUAGGGUGGUGCAAGGAACGCAGAUGAUGGGGCGCGGACGUGGGCGAGGUAACUUCAUGCCGGGCCAGCGGCCGCCCGGACUGCGUGGGCCGCCGAACCAAGGACCGCCCGGUCACCCAGGUCAUCCCGGGGGACCUCAAGGUCACCUCAACGGUCCCCCGCCAUACGGCGGGCCGCCGCACGGCGGGCCACCGCACGGCGGGCCGCCGCGAGGGCCGCCUCCGCGCGGACAAGCAUGA